AUGGGAAAGGAUACUGAUCAACUUUACAAAAAUGAAAGCCAGAUUGAUGAUAUUGAGUUGCCAUUUCUUAAUCUAUCAAAAAUAAUGAAAGCUAAACAUGAUUUUUCAUUUGAUAAUAAGCUUGGAGAAGGCGACUAUGGACUAAUUUACAAGGGUGUUCUUCCAGAUGGAAAAGAAGUGGAUUUUAUUUCCUUUUAUCUACCUAAUAAACUGGUGAGUGCAUCUGUCAUGGCUCUUCCAUCCAACAAUGAUGUUGUGUACACUUCCAACACAAAAAAGAAGUCUAGUUGUUCCAUGAUCUGGAAAUCAUUUUUGCAUAACAAAGGACAUAAUGACAUAUUAAGAGCCCAAAAGAUUUGA